AUGCCAAAGAAAGAUGCAGAAAGUAUCACUAAUCAAGAUAGGGAUAACUCCAUAAAGAGAGAAAAAGAGAGCAUGACGACAAAGAAAGUUGAAGAAUUGGCGACAAAGGAAGAUAAAGAAAUGACUAAAAAGCAAGAAGAGAACAUAACCACAAAAGAUCAAGAAUUAUCCAUAAAACAUGAUGAAAAACCAAAUACAAACCAGCAGAAUAUAGAAAUGACCACAAAACAAGAUGGAAAAACAACUACGAAGCAAGAUGAAGAAACAACGACAAAGAAAGAAGAUGUUGAAGAAAACAAAGAAGAAGAAGAUGAUGUCAAAGAUGUUGAGAAAACAAAGAAGCAAGAUGAAAAAAUACCUACUAAGGUAGCUGAAGAGUUCGGAAAAAACGAUGUAGAAAUAGUUAUGAAGCAAGAUAAAGAAAUGACCGCAAAGCAAGUCAAACAGGAUGAAGAAAUUACCUCAUUGGAGCUAGAAACUACUAUAAUCAAAGGCGAUGAGGAGAAACCCAAAAAUAUGGAAGAACAAAUGAAGAUGAAAGAAACUGAACUUUGA